UUGGCCACCACAAAUACAGAAUCACUGAACUUUUUCUCUACGGAACCUUCUGCCUUAGAAUCACAGAAACCAUGAUUAAGAAAAUGAGUCCCUCGGAGAAUGAGUUUGACAUCCCCGCGAAAAACUGCUACAGGAUGGUCAUCCUCGGAUCCACCAAAGUUGGCAAGACUGCCAUAGUAUCCCGUUUUUUAAACGGACGUUUUGAGGAGCAGUACACGCCAACGAUUGAAGACUUUCACAGGAAACUCUACAGCAUCAGAGGAGAUGUAUAUCAACUAGACAUUUUGGAUACUUCGGGGAACCAUCCAUUCCCAGCUAUGAGGAGACUGUCUAUUCUGACAGGUGAUGUUUUCAUCCUGGUUUUCAGUUUGGACAACCGAGAGUCAUUUCAUGAGGUGAAACGACUAAAACAGCAGAUCUACGAGACCAAGUCCUGCCUUAAAAACAAGACCAAGGAGAACGUGGACGUACCGCUUGUCAUCUGCGGAAACAAGGGCGACCGCGAGUUCUGUCGCGAAGUUCAGCGAGAGGAGAUCGAGGAGCUGAUCGCCGGAGACGAACAGUGCGCGUACUUCGAAAUCUCCGCCAAGAGGAACACUAACGUCGACCAGAUGUUUCAGAGACUUUUCACCUUAGCUAAACUACCGAACGAGAUGAGCCCGGACCUCCAUCGGAAGGUUUCCUUGCAGUACUGUGACAUCCUGCACAAAAAGUCGCUCAGAAAUAAGAAACUGAAGGACGGCGACGCGUAUGGUAUCGUGGCACCUUUUGCGCGCCGUCCCAGCGUGCACAGUGACUUGAUGUAUAUUAAAGAGAAGGCGAUAGGAGGACAGUCAAAGGACAAAGAAAGAUGCAUCAUUAGCUAAGAUUGACACGGUAAAAUUACUGGUGCGGUCACAAUGAGAUUUAACCGUUAGCUGCAGUCGUGCGCACGGUUGUUAUGCAUAUUGCCGUUACCGUCCGGUGACACUGAAAGACCGGCGGUAACAAAAAAAGUAAUCGGCUUGAGCUCUCACAUCGCCAAGUGGAAGCGCAUGUUAUGCUCGCUAGACUUUCUGUUCAGAAUAUUAAUAUUGUUCUGUUCAGUCACAGCGCUCUGUGAUGUGGCUUUAAAUUAUUGUGAGGCUCUUUUUCACUCCAUGCUUAAAAAUGUGCUUUAUUAGACCAUUUGCCUUUUUGAGUGCUGAAAGGAGACGCCGAAUGUGGAGAUGAGUUGCAAUGUCAAGUUGUUUACAAUUUUGAGUUAAGAUUUUACUACAAAGAAUUGAACUUGAAUGUUUUCUUAGAAUCUGAACAAUUUUUUAUUCUGAAUGUAUAUUUAUUAUUAUAUGUUAUCAAUGAGUUUGACAGAAAAAAUAAAAUGGUCAAGAAUA